GGACGUUAUAUAGCACGUCUUAUUUAUGUAUUAACAAAACCAGAAGAUGUUUCACGCAAAGAUGUCACAAGAUUAUUAACACUUCAGAAAAGUUACUCUAACCCUCCAACACAUAUUAUUGCAUUACUUUUCUUAUUUAAAUCAUAUAAACCAGAAUUAGUGCCUGAGAAAAUAGCAGCAGUAAAUAUAGAAAGUGUAUGGAAACCUAUUCCUGAAGUCAUGCGAUUAGCAUUAGAAGAUGCCAGAGAUCGUGCAGAAAUUCAACAAUCUCAUCAAAACUUUCAACCAUUUUUUAAAUGGAAUGUGAUGCAGAAUUUAAAAAUUAAGAAAAGAAAAGAGAUGCUUCUACCAGCUAUUGGUUAUUUUCAUAUGGGUUCAAAUAUUUUUAAAGAUAAAGAUGCAAAGUCCAUUUUUGAUAUAAAUAGCAUAGAAGAGUUAGGAAAGUAUCAUCAGAAUAUUGAAUUGCCUUGCAAUGCUAUUUCGCUUUUGGUAAAUAUGGUUGGUCAUCAUCUUCUUACAUACGCAGACUUUCAGUAUCAAA